AUGGCUCGCACCAAGCAGACCGCUCGGAAGUCCACUGGUGGCAAGGCUCCUCGUAAGCAGCUUGCUUCCAAGGCUGCCCGCAAGAGUGCCCCGUCUACCGGCGGUGUCAAGAAGCCCCAUCGUUACAAGCCCGGUACUGUCGCUCUCCGUGAGAUCCGCCGCUACCAGAAGUCGACCGAGCUUCUCAUUCGCAAGCUUCCGUUCCAGCGCCUGGUCCGUGAAAUUGCACAGGACUUCAAGUCCGAUCUGCGCUUCCAGUCGUCUGCCAUUGGCGCCCUCCAGGAGUCGGUCGAGUCUUACCUCGUUUCUCUUUUCGAGGACACCAACCUGUGCGCCAUCCACGCCAAGCGCGUCACGAUCCAGUCGAAGGACAUUCAGCUGGCCCGUCGCCUGCGCGGCGAGCGCAACUAG